AUGGAUUCUAAUGAAGGCGUCAUCGAUAAAAAUGAAGUUUCGAUCAAGUACGUUGAAGAUGGAUAUGUAGCGACGGAUCCAAUUCAAACGCUCAACAAGAAAAAUCUACAGAAUGGGCUGCUUCUCAAAGUUGAUAUCAUUCUGGUUGGGAUGAUAUCUCUAAUCAUGUUAGUGAACCAAUGGGAUCGAGGAAACAUUGGAAACGCUCGCAUCAUGGGUCAACAAUCUGAUCUCCAUAUAACGAAUGGACAAUUUUACAAUGUUCUUUCUUUGUACUAUGUCGGCUAUAUGGUCUUCAUUGUACCUGCCUACCUUACGGUUCGUUACUUUAAAGCUAAUCGACAGAUUGGCGGUUGUGUUAUCUUGUUUGCAACAUUUUCGUGCUGUACGGCAGCAGCCAAAAACGCUGCUGCGGUUCUUGCACUUCGAGUGUUGAUUGGAGCUGCUACUGCCUUUCUUCAGUCUCUAAGCCUAUACACGAGCCUUUGGUAUAAAAGAGAUGAGAUAGCAACUCGCUCCGGCGUCUUUUACUCUGCUUCAACAAUUGCUGGGGGCUUUAGUGGUCUUAUUGCAUACGCCAUACAAAACAAUCUGGACGGAGCUUUGGGCUACGCUGCAUGGCAGUGGUUAUUCAUCAUCCAAGGCUGUGUUGGUAUCUUUGUUGGUAUAUGCUCCUGGAUAUUGCUACCUAAUCCUCCAGAUCAAAUCCAGAGCAAGAAACAUUGGAUCUUUUCUCAAGAGGAAAUAGAACUUGCUGUUGAGCGUCUCAAGACUUAUAACACGGUGGGAGCUGGAUUUGAUUGGGUACAGGUACUGGUUGCCUUUAAAGAUUCUAAAUUGUACCUUUUCUCGUUGAUAAAUAUCGGGAUUUCUCUCUCUCUCUCUUCUAUAAGCUCUUUUUUGCCAACAUUUAUCAAUGAUUUCAACUAUUCACCCGUACAAACCCAACUCUUCUCUAUCAUCCCAUACGCAUGCGCUUUCGUCACUCUUCUCGUUCUCAAUUUUGCCUCCGAUCGCUUGAAUAUGAAAGGACCAUUCUUAAUGCUUUGUCAUAUUAUCUGCAUCGCAGGCUAUAUUAUUCUAAUGCUGGCAACCGACGAUGAAGUCAAGAUGUUCGGGACUUGUCUUAUAACCACUGGAGUUUUCCCCUCUUUAACCAUAGCUGUCACCCAGGUGGUUGGCCAGUGCUUUUCUAUUAUGGCGUCUCAUAUCUACACGGAUCCUCCUCGCUACCUCAAAGGCCACAGCAUUUGUUUGGCAUUUCAAGUCGUAGCAUUUCUUUCGACUUGUAUUUUGUGGUUCUUGAUGCGGCGUCUUAACAGGAAGAAAGAUCAAGAGGCGGAGCACCAUCGUACAGCUGGGACUAUUGAUCCAAAGUCUUCCCAUUCUCUUGAGGAGGCAUACGACUACCAUCCUAAUUUCCGCUAUAUUUUGUGA